AUGGCGGAUACCUCGGGGCGGGGCGCUGCGAAGCCUCCUGCCGUGGGCCCCAGUACUACCAGGGGUGCUAGGAGCAAAGGAAGAACACAAGGUGGAAGGAUAGUGGAGUCGCGGUACUUGCAGUAUGAAAAGAAAGCCCCGAGAAAGGCUUCUGCAGCAGAUGCAUUAAAGGCCGGUGGGACGAUGCCUGAAGGUGGAACAAAAUCCAGCCAGCUCCAAAAGAGCAAAGAUGGCAGUGGAGGUGACAAAGGCAACCUGCAGUCUACCUUGCUGGAUGGGCAUGACACUGCCUUGUCUGACCUGGAUCUCUCAGCCAUUCAUGAUAAAAGUGUGGUCCGAAAGACUCCGCAAUUAAAAAAAAAGUCAAAGAAAGCUGAGUUGUCAUCAUCUUCCACCGUGAGUGAAAAGAGCCCAGAUCUAUCACAAGCGAUGGAAAUGAUGGAGUCCCAGACUCUCCUUCUGACCCUGCUGACCGUGAAGAUGGAGAAUGGCCUGUCUGCAUUCGAGGAACAGGCAGAAAAGAACCUAGAAAUAUUGUGUAAAGAGAAAGAGAAACUCCAGAAAAAGGCUUAUGAGUUGAAGCGCAGGCUUCUCCUCUGUCAGAAGAAGAGGGAGCUGGAGGACUUCCUGGAUGCACAGAUUGAGAUGCUGAGCCCCUUGGAGGCUGUGGUCAGCCGCUUUCGGGAACAGUACAAGACAUUCGCAACGGCCCUGGACACCACACGGCAUGAGCUGCCCGUGAAAUCAGUCCACCUGGACGGAGACAGGCAGCUCUUCUUAGACGAGUUGCAGCGGGAAUUGACGACCACACGCCAUCUGCUGGGAGAACUUGGCAUUGGCAGCUCAGAAGACAAUGUGAAGGCAUUUGACAUGAUGAGGGAACUCAGGGAGGUGAUCCAGAAGAAGGACCUGGAGCUCCGAAGGAGCUUCAACCAGGUUCUGGAACUUUCCGCCGAGGCAAGUAAAGAGGCAGCCUUAAUCAACCAGGAGGUCUGGGAAGAGGCCCAGAGCCCCAAGGCCCUCAGCCGGUGGUAUUUUAAUCCCAAGGAGGCCACUGGCGGGGAAGCUCAGGAAGAGGUCAGGAGCCCCUUGGACCACGACGAGCUGUGA